AUGAAGGUUCUUAUGCUUGCCGGCGACGCCAUCGAGGACUACGAGCUCUACGCUCCCCUCAAGGCGAUGGAGAUGCUGGGCAUCCAGUGCGACGUCGUGUGUCCCGACAAGAAGGAGGGCGACGAGAUCCACGCGGUCCUCCACGUCCUCGAGCCGGGCUACCAGACCUACUCGGAGAAGCCGGGCCACCCCUUCCCCCUCCCCUCGACCUUUGCCGACUGCGCGUCCAACCUGGACCAGUACGCGGGCUUGAUUGUCCCCGGCGGCCGCUUCCCGGAGUACCAGCGCUGCGACAAGCGUGUCCUCGACAUUGUCCGUGCCUUCUUCCGCGACAACAAGCCCGUGGCCGCGCUCUGCCACGGUCUCCAGAUCCUCGCUGCUGCGGGCGUGCUCAAGGGCCGCGAGUGCUCUGCGUUCCCGAUGUGCCAGCUCGACGUCGAGAACGCCGGCGGAAAGUAUGUCGACUUUGAGGCGUUCUCGAAGAACGUUCACGUCGAUGACAACCUGGUGUCGGCGCCUGCUUACCCGGCGAUCGGUGUCUGGCUCAAGGAGUUUAUCUGCCUCCUCGGCGUCGAAGUGAAGCUGCCCCAGGCUUAG